AACAAAGUACAAGAAAAAAGGAAUCAUAAUCACUUCAAAUCUAAAAUUCUCAUCAAAGCCUCUUAUAUAAACAUCUCCACUCCUCAAAGAUCACAAACAAUGCCUUUAAUUUUUGGAUCGGUCCCUAUCUUGGCUGCGGUGGCCAUUCAACUCCUUAUAUCCAGUGUUUCGUCCCUCAACAUUACCAAUGAGUAUCUCCACCACGCAUGCAACAACACCCAAGGGAAAUACGUGCCAGGGGGUGUGUUCGAAAAAAAUCUCAACAUUGUCCUCAAAAACAUAUCCACCUUUGAUCUGCGCAACGGUUACGCCCUUGAGUCCAAUAUGGAUAGACCCUACAAAUUUAUACCUCCUGCCGCCGUCUUCGUCAUGCUCCAAUGUCGUGGCGACUCCUACGGGCCUAAGUGUCACUCUUGCCUCGCCAAAGCCCUCUCUGGGCUUCGCAAGAAAUGUCCGAGAAACAGAGCAGCAACAAUAUGGUACGACCAAUGCACUCUGGAUAUUGCUACAUACAAUUCCGGUGACACCAGAAUCCUUUACGAUAAUUAUUUAUGUAUGGAGAACCCAAAGGACCUGAGCGGAGAUACGGAGAUGUUCGAUAAGAAGAAGAGCGCUUUCACCAAAAAGCUAUUGUCUGAAGUCAAAAAGUUGGGCAAAGACGGGAAGAGGCCAGUGUACGCAACGGGGGAGAUGAUGAUCGAGAGAAAGAAGCUUUAUGGAAUGAUGCAAUGUACGGACGAGUUAUCUGGGAACGGUUGCUUUGUGUGUCUAGAUUGGCUUAUCAAUGAGCGUCCAUUCUGCGGCCAUGAAAAACAAGGAGUUAGAUAUUUGUGUAGAAGCUGUAAUGCAAGAUUUGAGCUUUACCCUUUUCUUAGAACUUAAGACUGUUUGUGGGAGCCCUUUGUUUGAUGUUUGAAUAAGUGCUAUAUCAGGAAAUAAAAAGUGUUCUCCUC